AUGCGUUCCUCACUCCUGUCCCUCAAUAUUCUGGCCUUGGCGGUGUCUGCUUAUCCACAACCAAGGGCCGUUUCCGACAGAAAUGAGUUUCGAGCGCCAAGUGCCAACGAUAGUCGUUCGCCUUGCCCUAUGCUGAAUACUCUGGCAAACCACGGCUACGUAGCCCGCGACGGCCGAAACAUAUCGCUCGCGGACUUGCAGAAUGGCUUCGAGGCCGCUAUCAACCUAGAGCCCGCCUUCUCCGUCGGGCCCUUCGAGGUCGGCGUAACUGCCUCGACCACUGGCCGCAACGACACACUGAACCUGCACGACUUGCUGAAACACAACCUCAUUGAGCACGAUGCUAGUCUGAGCCGGAAAGAUGCCUACUUCGGGAAUGCUUUGGACUUUGACCCCGAAGUGUGGGCUGGAACUUCUGCCGUCUGGAGAGACACCAACGCGACUACAAUCUCAAUUGAGGCUGCGGCUAAGGGCAGGCUCGCGAGGAUCGCGAAGGACGAGGUGGAGAACCCCGAGUACAACCUGACCUCGGGCGGAGAGGCUGCAGGUCUCGGUGAGACCGCAUUAUUUGUUGCAGUCAUCGGAGACAAGGUAGAGGGAAACGCGAGGGUGGACUGGGUUGACAUCUUCUUCCGCGAGUCUCGUCUUCCCUUCGCCGAGGGUUGGUCAAGAUCAACGGAGGUCAUCACUUCAGCGGACAUUGUCAACAUGAAGGCCAAGGUUGUAGAGUUUUCUAACUAG